AUGGUUUCCAGACAACUUUUGAAGCCGGUCAUUACCGAUGUAAUCUAUAAGGGGAUGCACUUUGUUAUUAUGGACUCUCCCACCGCUGAUACUGCCCAAAAUUUUGCAAAGCACUGGGAAUUUGACGAUGGAUCCCUUCCUCCCGACGAUAUUCUGGAAAAAUGGUUUGAGUUGUUGCGGUUGAGGUUUUACGGACCCAAACGGACACCCGCUGGUGACGGCAAUGGCGAUGAUAAUUCGCUUCCUGGUCCCGUGGCUGUGCAUUGCUUGGCUGGUUACGGAAGAGCCCCCGUUCUCGUGGCUGUUGCCCUUCUGGAAUUGGGAAUGACCAAUCAGAAUGCCAUCGAAUUGAUACGAUCAAAACGCAAAGGCGCUUUCAACGACCGACAGGUAGACUAUCUGCGCAACUAUCGCGCGCACGGUCGCCUCCGCAGGGAUCAGCACCACUGCCCACACCUCCGUCCCCUCACCCCACUGACACUUGGGCUUCCCCCUCACCCCCGCCCCGUUCCCCUCUCUCCCCCUCCUCCUCUACCAUUUUUAUCAGACAUAUCCACCACUGGCUUUGCCUCUGACCUCGUGCGAACAGACAAUAAGCUGUUGUACAAUCGAUUUUGCGGUGGCACUGGCGGUUACGGCCACCGCGGCGAUGAUGAUGAUGAUAAUGUAUUAAUUUCAUUUUCUCGUUCUACCGCAUAUGUUGUUGUCUCCUUCCUUUUCCUUCUCCUUCUCUCACCACUUCAUUCAGGCCUGUUUGUUUCUCUUCCCCUAUGA